UGUCAAUAAACUCGCACAAUUUGAUGAAAAGACUUGGACAUAUAAAACACCAUCCAUUGCAUCAUCUUUGGGAACACUUAUAAAACAAAUUGGGAAAAUUUUAAGAAGUAUGUGUAUUAAGAAACAAGAUUUUAACAGACAAACUGUGGUAGAAAAUUUUUUGAAAUUAUUUGAAGAGGAUUAUCCUGUCACUGUAAAUAAAAUUGUAUUUGAAACUCAAGGGCAUCGAAAAAGGCAAAAAAAUAUUGUUUUGCCAUCUAUAAAUGAUAUUAAGAUAUUCAAUGCUUAUCUUAAAACUGAACGCACAAAAGCUCUAGAAUUUUUACAAACAAAUGGUUUCUCAAUUCAAGCAUGGCGUAUGCUAGCUGAAACAACAUUAAUAUCGAUUAUGAUAUUUAAUAAAAGGCGUGCUGGUGAACUAGAGCGUGUUUUAAUUGAGAAUUUAGAAAAUUGUGCGGCAAUUUCAAGAGAAGAAGCACCUGAAUUAUAUAAAUCUUUAUCCAAAUAUGUAAGAAUGACAAUACGCGGUAAAUUAGGAAGAACGGUUCCUGUGUUACUCCAUGAAGAAGUAUUAAAAUGUAUGCAAAUGAUCGUUAAUUAUCGUAAACAUGCUGGUGUUCCCGAAAAUAAUCCUUAUAUUUUUGGUAUAUAUACACCCGAUAAAAAAAGAUACAUGUAUUUGAGAGCAUGUGUAUUAAUGCGAAAAUAUUCUAAAAUUUCUGGGGCGAAAAUGCCAGCUUCGUUACGAGGUACAAUGUUGCGGAAACAUAUUGCUACAGUAUGUAUUUCAUUAGAUAUAUCUGAACAUGAAGUGAAUGAUCUAGCUGAUUUCAUGGGCCAUCACGAAAAGAUACAUAAAUCGCACUAUAGACAGUCAAUCAUAACAAAAGAUUUGGCUAUAUCACGUUUACUCAAAUACGCACAAGAAGAAGAUACAACAGAUGAAAGCGAUAAUGUUGAUGAGGAUGAGAAUGAAAAUAAAGAUGAUCCGACUAAUGAUAAUAACUCAGAUUUAAGUUUAAAUACUUCUGAUACUUCAUCAUUAACAAAAACAAGACAAUCUAAACAGCUGCCUAGCAAAGAAAAAAAUAUCAAUAAUUAUAUAAAUAAUAAUACAGAGAAAACAAAAGUAAACCGUUUGGCUUCUAAGAGGAAAAUUAAUCAUAAUAUUGAGAAUGUGACCGAAUCAGAUGAUGAAUGUAAUACAGAAUUAGAUUUAAAUAUUUUAUCAUCAAAAAAGACGAAACAAUCUGAACAGAUGACUAGAGGAAAGAAUAACGUAAAUAGUAAUACACAGAGAAAGAAAAAGAAAACAUCUCAUUCUGCUUCUACAAGAAAAAGUACUCAUAAGAUCAGAUGGACGGAUGAUGAACGCACAAUAGUUUUAUCUUCAUUCCAAACUGCCAUAACAAAUAAAAAAUUGCCAUCUUUGCAUGAAAUUAACGAAAUAAAAAUCAAAUAUCCUGUAUUAAAGACCCGCACAAGUGCUCAGAUAAAAACUUGGUUACAUAACCAAAUAAGAACAAAUAUUUAAAACUAUUAUCGUUAAAAUGUGUCGUUAAAAUUGCUCUUGUCGUAUAUUCUAUUCUGCUAUUGUCGUAUAUAUAUUCUGCUAUUGUCGUUUUGCAAGAAAAACAUUUUAUUACAGUUUGUGGUAAGUUUCUUAAAUGUCUUAAAAUUAUAUAACUCCUUUUUGGCUAUCCUCUAAUCACAGCAAAAAAUGCUUUUUAUUUCAGAAAACGAAUCGUUCAAAAUUGUGCAACGUU